CCUGUUUUGAGUGCGGGGAACGCUCCCUUUUCCUUUCAAAUGAUGGACGGAUGACCCCUGAUCCCCCCUCUCUUUACGAGCACCACCACACCUCCAGGCGUGUACAGCGAGCACGAUGUGGGCAACUCCACCGAUGCUUCUGUCGGCCUUCUCCAUCGCCAUUACGGUGUUGUUCUGUGCUUCGGCGCGUGCGGCCUCGCUCCAGCUCCUUUACCAGAACGAUGGCGACUGGGUGCGGGAGGUGGACGAUAGUCGCAGACAGCCUGGCUACCUGCUUGCUACAAUGCCUGUCUCAGCGUCCGACGCAGAAAAGGCUUGCGGCGCGCUCAACGAGAAACUCUAUGUGCCAGGCGCGCAAAUCGACUCAGGCCUCGAGCAGCAGCUAGCCUACCUUGUCCUGAAAGGCCAGUACGCCGAAGGUCAGGCUUUUUGGAUCGACUCAAGCACAAGCUCUGAUGCGGCGCUCGCUGGUAGGAGUGCGCCGGCUGUGCCGCGAGUGCAACGAGGGACAACAAGGGCAAUGGUGUCUUCGAGGGCGGACCAGGACCAGGACGGGUCGUCGCAUGCCGCCCUGAUCAUUGGCGGCAAGCAGAGCCAGACGACUGUGUCGUCCAAGGCAGCCGAUCAAACGCUCCCGGUGCUGUGCACCCAGAGCGCGCCGCGACACUACGCAAACGAGACAGACUUCAGUGCCCUCUGGCGUGUCCAGACGGGCCACUGGCUCGGCUUUCGCGAUGCUCUUUCGUUCAGGUUCCAGAACGUGCCGUAUGCGACAAAUACGCCGCGUUUUGAGCAGUCCAAGGUGCUCACUGCGACAGAUCUCGUCAAUGCCACCGACGGUAAUCGCUCGGGCCAGUGCCCUCAGGGCGCAGGUACCGACUACGCCUACACGGAGCAGUGCCUUGUCCUGAAUGUCUUUACGCCCGCCCUCUCUGGCGCCGCUCAGACGACCAAGGAUGGUGGACAGACUGCAUCCAGGCCCGUCAUGCUCUGGCUUCACGGAGGCGGCUUCAGCUCCGGCUCGGGCCUCGACCAGACCUUCGAUGGCGGCAGCCUCGCCAGCCGGGGAGACGUCGUCGUCGUCACUCCAAAUUACCGCUUGGGCACGCUGGGCUUUCUCGCCAUUGACACGGACGGCGAACAUGCCAACUAUGGCUUCGGAGACGUCAUUACCGCGCUGCAGUGGGUCAAGGAGAACAUUCACUACUUUGGAGGUGACCCAAGCGCGGUGACGGUCUUUGGGCAGAGCGCAGGCGCGCAGCUCGUCAGCGCCUUGAUGGGCAGCCUUGCUGCCCAGGGCCUCUUCCACCGUGCCAUAGUCCAGUCGGGCCGGCCGUCGGACAACGCGAAUGCGUUGCAGACGGUCAAAGACUCGCUGGCCGACAGUGGCAGCUCAAGCAAAGCCAUCACCGCCCUGGGCUGCUCGACCAAAGAGACAACCGAAAACUUGUUGGAGUGUCUCAGGGCCGUCCCCACGGGCAAUUUCCUAAACGCCUCUCCCAAGGCGAGCGCGCUUCUCGUCGAUAAUCAUCUCAUCACCCAGCGGCGACUGAACUUCGGUAAAGGAUUUGUCCAAACCGGCGUGCCUCUCCUCCAAGGCUUUAUGCGUGACGAACUGGGGAGCCUCGGAAGCGGCAUUCCUAGCGCCUCAGAGACGAACCUGGAUGCCGGUCUCAAGAGUGCAGGCGUCUCUGAUGGCAAUCGUACCACAAUUGAAUCGAAGCCCGACCUCUUCCCGGCGAAUGGGCCUGGCGGCGUGCAGAAUACCACGGUCAGCGUGGUGACGGAUAUCACCUCAAUUGCUCGUUGUGGGCAGGAGGCAACGCUCUACGCAGCGGCACAGUCGGGCGCCUUGUCUGCCGGUCUCUGGGGCUACUACCAGAACCAACGGUCGAUCCAGAUUCCCAACUACGACCCCUUCGCCAUCUGCCAGCAGAAAUCGGCCGGCCAGCCCUACUAUCUCUGCCACUCGGGCGAUCUCCUGCCUGUAUUCGGAACGCCAGGUUACGCCUUCAGGCUGGCCCCGCGAGACGAGUACGACAUUCCCUAUGUGAACCUCCUCAUGGACCACUGGACAUCGUUUGCGCGGACGGGCGACCCGAACCCAUCGGCCGCCUACCUCCAAACUCGAGGUUAUACGACGACCCAGAGCCUAUUGAGCGGAAAACAAUGGCAGCAGAUCUCUGCCACUGACGGCAGCGGCGGAGGAGCGGGGCUGUGGAGCUUGGGCCCGGAGCCCGGCAUGGUCGAGCUCGAUCAGAGAGGCGAGCAGUGCAACGCACUGGGGUACCCGAUCGACUAUGUCACGAAGCUAUAGACGCUCCUACCGGCCGACUGAUCACGAACAAGAAGAAAUGGAAUGGACUACACCGACGAUUGAGCUUUCACCACGGUAGAUUAUUACUGCUGCAUGUGUCUCUCCUGUCCACGAACAAUACAUCGUAAAUAAUUAGACACUUAAGG